GCUCCCGGCGCGCUGAACGCGGUGACGUUCGGUGACGUCACGGGAAGGGGUGAGAGGUCACCCGGUGCGAGGGCUCCGGGCCCCGGUGAUGGCGGCGCGGAGGCUCCGCGGGGCCCUGCAGGGCCUGGGCCCCGCGGUGCUCAGCGCGCUCCGGGCACCGGAUCUGCGGCUCCUGCCCGUGAGGAGCUUCCGGAGCCUCGGAACCCGGAGGAGGGAGUACUCGGAGCGGAGGAUCAUGGGUUACUCCAUGCAGGAGAUGUACACGGUGGUGGCCACGGUCGAGGACUACCGGCUGUUCGUGCCCUGGUGCCAGCGCUCGGUGGUGCUGACGCGGCGCAAGGGGCACCUCAAGGCACAGCUCGAGGUUGGCUUCCCCCCGGUGCUGGAGCGGUACACGUCCAGUGUCACCCUGGUGCGCCCGCACCUGGUCAAGGCUGUCUGCACCGAUGGGAAGCUCUUCAACCACUUGGAGACCAACUGGCGCUUCAGCCCUGGCAUCCCUGGCUACCCGCGCACCAGCACCGUGGACUUCUCGAUCUCGUUCGAGUUCCGCUCUCUGCUGCACUCCCACUUGGCCACCGUGUUCUUCGACGAGGUGGUCAAGCAGAUGGUGGCUGCCUUCGAGCGCCGCGCGGCCACCACCUUCGGGCCCGAGACCCGGAUCCCGCGGGAGCUCAUGUUCCAUGAGGUCCAUCAGACGUGAGGGUGGUUGUGGGGCACUGACCGGGCCAGGACCCCCCCCCCCCCCGUUAUUUAUAUGGGCACUGCUGCAUCACCCCCAUCCCUAUGGGGGGUUGGGGAUGCUGAGAGCCCCCAGCCCCAUGGACUUGUUUGGUUUUAAGUGGUUUUAGUCCCGUUUUGGGCUUGAGCUCAUUGACUUCGACCCCCUUUUGGGUUCAGUUUUAUCUCCUUGGGGGGGCUAUGGAAGGGGUGUGGGGGGGACAGGGGGUAGGACCCUUCCUUCCUCUCCAGGAGCCAUAGGGCAGGAGCCGGGCAGAGGGACCCGGCCCCACGGCACAGUUUGCACAAGGCACACGCACAGGGUGGGGGGGGGGCUCACGCUGCCCCCCCCUCCACCACCCCCCCCAUCACCUUCCCCUCCCCUUCAGCACCCCCAUAGGGGUGGCUCUGGGGGGGCCCCCCCAGGGCAAUAAAGACUUAUCCCAA